UCGUCAGCAGCGGCCGGAGGAUGAGUGAGUAUGGAGUUGGAGUCGUAGAUUUGAGUCACGGGUUGGAGAAUGUGCCGGUUUUUGUUGGAUGCAGUGGAUUCGAUCAGUUUCAGUAUUCACCAGAAAACACUGAGGGACCAGGAUGCUCCGUUGACCUGAGUGAAAUCACGCUGCCUGGAUGCUCCUGUCUGUCCACUUCCUGCUCUCCUGACAGCUGCUCCUGCCUGAGGACACAUGGGCAGCACUACAGCAGCACAGGGACACUGUUGAACCUCAGUGGGACAGAUGGCGAUUACUGCGCCCCGGUGUUCGAGUGUAACGCUCUUUGCUGCUGCAGUGAUGUCUGCAGUAACAGGGUGGUGCAGAGGGGCCUCAGACUCAGACUAGAAGUUUGCCGCACCAUCCACAAGGGCUGGGGAGUACGGACACUGCAGCCCAUUCCACACGGGACUUUUGUGUGUGAAUACGCGGGAGAGGUAAUCAGCUUUAAAGAAGCCAGGCGGAGACAACAAGCACAGAAAUACGAAGACAAUAAUUACAUCAUAGCUGUCAGAGAACACGCAGGCAAAGGCCACAUCAUCGAGACAUUUGUCGAUCCAACCAUGAUCGGAAACGUCGGCCGCUUCCUCAACCACUCCUGCCUGCCGUGCCUGGCCAUGGUGCCGGUCCGAGUCCACUCUGCGGUUCCUCGACUGGCACUGUUUGCUGGGCGGGACAUUGAAAGUCAAGAGGAGCUGACGUUUGAUUAUUCAGGAGGCUUCAGGAAUCAGCCUCCUGUGGAGCUGGUGUCCACACAGACUGACGCUGCAGAGGCAGUCCACAGGAAGGUCUGCCGCUGUGGUGCCACCAACUGUGCCCGCUUCCUCCCACUGGAUUUAUCUAUUCUCAGCUGAUCAGUCACAUCAAGUAGCGUGGCGCAGUAUUACAAAAAUGCUACACAAAAGUUGUUUUUAUUGCUGAUGUGCAUGUCUGUGUCUUUUGUCGGAAAAGGUCUUGACGGGACGCCCGGAUGUUUCGGUCUCCUGUGAGAUGCCUGAUGGUGGAUUUGAGUGGCAAAGUUUUGCUAAAUGUUAAUCUCUGCUCCUACAGCAGAACCUCCUUGUCUGUACUUUUUAAUCAGUGCAACUAUACGCCUCAGAUAGAUAAACUUUCUGUUACUAAUUUUCUCAGCUUUGAUUAUGACAAGUUCACUUUGAUAGUCACUUUUCAUGCCCCACAUCUGUUUCACUCCAACUUUUGUAUCUCUUUUUUUAAAUUUGCUUUGUGUCCAGUGCUUUGUCCACCACCAGGCAGGUCAAACAACACCUUGUGCUAGGAAAUGGUUGUGAAUGCUAAAAACUGCAAAAGAUGUUCCCACAGUUACUUAUAAUACACUGUUAGAUUUUGUUAUAUUGUGUACAAAUGGCCAAAGCUCAUCAUAGGCUCUGAAUUCCAGAAUGUGAACCAAAUGAGGGUCUACAACUCCCCCUGGACCGAAUGCUGUCAUUGAUUACUUCCCCAGUCAAGGCUGGUACACAUCCACAGCUGAGUUUCUUGUCCAAGAAUGCAGAUGGAAAUUGAUCCUACGUCUCCAUAUUGGUAGCCAAACUCCUUAUUCCACUGAGCUCCCUUCACAUGGUAUUGAGCUAAAUUUUAUUACAGGUUACUGUGAUGAUGUUAUCGCCCAGCCCUAAGUUGCACUAUGCUCAGUUUCUCCAAUCACAGUCACAGAAGCCUGUAACUCCUGCCAAAACAGAGACCUGGAUUCAAGACCUGCUCAUGCUGCCUGUGUGUGUGUGUGUGUGUCUUUGGACAAGACUUAAUUUGCUUUGUCUCGGUUAACCCAGCUGUAAACAUAGUACCCGCCAUGGUUUGGAAGUUGUCUGAGAUGGACAGGUGUUCUGUUUGCAGGAUAGAAUUGGACUCUUGUCUGCUUCACACUCCAGAAACAGGAGAUGAGCGCAGCCCCAUUGGGCCGCCGGCCCUAUAAGGACUUACUUAUGGAUAUAAUUCCUAAAUUAUUAUUGUCAUACUUGAUACACCCCUAAAUUAAAGCUAAAAGUCUACACAACAAAUGUGUUUCAUCUGUGCUCCACAGUGGUGGUGUACAGAGACAUAACCUGACUAUAAAUGAAGUGCAACUGAAUGCUGUUUUUCACUUGAGAAACUCCAUUAAAGC